AUGUUUAGACAACCGCCCAAUGUGCUCAGAGUCAAGAGAAAGAGGACUGAAGAUCCGCUGCAAGCUCUAGUUUUGGAAAGCAACAGGCUCAAGAGGUCUAGGUCUGAUCAGUACAUCUUUAAGUUGCUUAGGACAGAUGAAAAUGCAAACGAAGAGGAUCCCGUUUUGAAGCCCACAGAUGAGAAGAACUAUUUUGAAAUACCGAAACCAGAGGUGCAAUUGGAGGACGAACAAGUGUCGAAAGUGGCAAACAGGCCCGAAGUGUCUGACUUGCUCCAGGAUUACCUGAAAAACAACGAUGUUCCAACCAAAGCACCCAGGAGGAGAAGAAGCUCGAGUGCCCAGAGAGCAGGAUUACAUAUUGAGAAAAGCUUUCAAAGUGAGGCUGGGAACUCCGAGUACGUUUACGACGUGUAUUUCAGAGACAAAGCCGUUGCCGAAAGGUUGGAGAAGGAUAAGAUUGGGUAUAUCAAGUUUGACGAUGAGUAUGAUCUGCUGGGUGAAUUUGAGCAGAAUAGUGAUAAUGCCAUCUCCGACGAUGAGGACUCCAAUGCCGAGGACUUUUACAAGAACGACUACCCAGACGAUGAUGAUUACGUUCAAAGCGAUGAGUCCUAUCUGAAUGAGGAGACGAGGACGAAAAACGAGUUUGACGAGGUUGAUCAGGGUUUUGGUGGUAUGAGUGAUGAUGAAGAUGACCAGUAUGACAUUUCUCACGAUCAUAGGAGGUUUAGUCAUGGCGAUUAUCUUGAGAACGAAGGACUGAACGACGAAGAGCUGGAGAGUUACUACACGAAAGAAGCCCCGAAGACAAGUGCUUUGGAAUCUGAGGCUUUAGAAAGGCAUAAUUUUUUCACUGUGGAGAAUUCGUCGAAGAAUUUUGGCAGCAGCACCAGGAAGUUGAGGUGA